AUGAAGCGUGUCAGAACCAAAAGCAGCGACAAUGCCGGCAAUAUGGAGCCUCCCAAGAAGUCCAAAGAGACCACCAAUGGCAAACGAACUCAAAGUCCCAAGGACAAGCAGACCGAGAGCCCAAAGGCCCGCCAACAAUUAGCUUUAAUCACCAACAACGUCAAUGGCACAGAUCACCCAGCAGCCAAACUCAACCUCAAAAUCAUCUCUCACGGCCGCGUCAACGGCCCCCUCGACGACCCCGAAGACGGCGAAGAGAUGCUAAACUUCUCCGUCCGUGACAUCCCCAUGCCCCCAGCAAAACUCCGCAAGAAAUACAGCGGCCUCUCACCACGUCUCCGAGCCGAAGUCUUCUCCGAGAAACAAUCCCGCCUCAAAUACGAUACCAUCGUCACCGAAAUGGAGAAGAUGAUGACCGUCAUGGAAACAGCUCUAACCUACGACGCAACCCACCAGGAAAUCGACGAGGAAACAGCAACGACACUCAUCGUCAGCAUCCAAUGCGAAGAAGGCAAGCACCGCAGCGUCGGUUUCGCCGAAGAACUCGCACAAAGCGACACGACCAAGCGCAAGAACUGGACCGUGAUCGUUGAGCACAGAGAUCUUGGUGAUGAUGACGCAAACGGCGCAGACGAGGAUGAUAGUGAUGAGCCUCCUACUAGUCCGACCACUACCAGAGCUAAAGAAUGUGUCAAGACCAUGAAGAAGAAAAAGGACAAGAAUUUGAAAAAGGCAAGGAAUAUGCGUUUGCAGGUUGAGGUUGCUGAGAGUGGUGCUGAGGAUGGUUUUCUUUGA